AUCAAGAAAUUUACGGAGAUAAAAAUCAACGCUCACCCCUACGCAGAUUUUUGAAGUGAAGAGAAGAUUCUGAAAACUUUUUAUUUUUUAUUGAGUCUAGGAAUUUUUGUAAGGAUGACAAUAAUUUUUUUGCAUAAACUAAUUAAUUUUGAGGGAUAAAAAUUAUUAUUUUCUAAGUCAGUUGAAAAAUCAUUUUUUUUGAAAAAUCAUUAAUUGUGGUGUGCCAAACAACGAAAUCGUCCACACAAAAAAUGGGCAGAUUGCUACAGCCGCUCCCGGUCCCCGCUCGGGUUUGGGACGAUGUUACUAUGGACUUCAUUGUGGGUCCCCCGCCAUCCAGAGGGUACACAACUAUUAUGGUGGUGGUUGACCGCCUUUCUAAAUACAGCCGCUUCGGCACUCUCCCGGCCACAUUCGACGCACCAAAGUACACCGACGAUAUAAGCAAUGUCCCUGGCCUGGAUGUCCUAUUCUCCGAACGGCAGGGGCUCCUCAAGGAAUUGAAGAAGAAUUUGUUGGGAAUGCAGCAACGUAUGUGUGUCGAGGCAAACAAACAUAGACGGGACAUGACCUUUGGAGUGGGGGAUCACGUUCUACUUAAGUUGCAGCCGUAUCGCCAGUUCUCCGUGGCCAAACCGAUGUCGGCUAAAUUGGGCAGACGUUUUUAUGGUCCCUUCGAGAUUCUUGCUAAGGUGGGAAACGUGGCAUAUAAAUUGAAGUUACCAGAGGGCACACGGAUCCAUGACACCAUCCAUGUCUCUCUUUUGCGCCCAUUUGUCGACAGGAGUACUUCGCCGGUGGUCCAGUCACUACCUACAGAGUUCCACGAAGGGGCCCAUUGUCUGUACCUGUUCGGGCUAUUCGUGCAAGGACAGUCUUGGGAACGGGGUGAAGCGCAGGAGCAGUGGUUGGUGCCAAAUUCUUCUCCUAUUUCUCUCUUCCUUUCCCUCUUUCCUCACGUCCCUCUUCCUUGGCACGCCUUUCCUACUAGGUGUGCUAGGGUUACACCUCGUAACAACCUGAAACCCGCGUCGCCUAGCAAUUUGUCUGGGUUGCCUCUGCUUCAAAGGAUCCGAACUCUAUCAAUACUCCCCCACUUCAUGGAUAUGAACGAUAUGGAAUUAGUCGACGCAGAUGAUUUCGGCUCCUCUGUCUUAUCUCAAUUCAGCGAUUCCAUGGACGCUUCUCACGCUCACAUAUGUGCCGCCAUUAAUGAAAUGUCACAGGAGCUAAAGGAUCAGAACUUUCCUCUUAGCCCCGUAGCCUACUUUGGCCUCACUUUCUCAUCACUCCAACGCCUAUCAACGGCUGAAGCAGUGGAGCCCCAGGCUCACAUCAUUGAUGCUCUCUCGACCAUUCUGUCACUCGCGAUUUAUAGAAUCAGCAAAGCUGUGCUGCUGAAGCAAUUCAAUUGUGUUUCAAAUUUCAUCAUCCGGAUUCUUACCCAGAAAAAGAUUGGCGACCAGGGGAUUAUCUCGUGUCUAAAGUGCAAUUCUUAUCUUUUGAUUGUCAGAGAAAAUGCGAGCUGGGUCGAUAUAGCUGAACUCUAUGGUCUUCUGCUUGGUUUUGUGGCGGAUGGUCGACCAAAAGUGAGGAAACAGUCUCACAUUUGUCUUCAUGAAGUACUACAAAAAUUUCAGAAUUCAUCUUCACUCAAAACUUUAUUGGCACCAGCAAGUGAAGCCAUCCAGAAUGUAUUUGCUCAUCUACUUAGGGGAGGAUCAAACGAAAAUUCUUCUGAAGGCCCAAUAGGAGCACAUGAAGGAGAAUCAAACCAAAAUUCUUCUGAAGGCCCAAAACGAGCCCAUGAAGUUCUGUACAUUCUUGAUGCACUUAAAAUUUGUCUCCCAUUUAUGUCUAGGGAGUCUUCAGUGAAAAUUUUGAAGUACUUCAAAACUCUCUUGGAAUUGCGUCAACCUCUUGUUACUAGAUGUGUAACAGAUGCCAUCAAUGCACUCUGUACCCACCCAACAGAAGUUUCACCAGAAGUGCUUUUGGACCUUCUGUGCUCAUUGGCCAUGUCAAUUUCUACUAAUGAGUCAUCAGCUGAUAACACAGCAUUUACUGUUCGCUUGUUAGGUGUUGGGAUGAAAAGAAUAUAUUCCCUUAAUAGGCAGAUUUGUGUGGUUAAGCUCCCUUUGGUAUUCAGCAAACUAAGUGAUGUGUUGGUUUCUGAACAUGAGGAGGCUUUGUUCGCUGCAAAGGAAGCUUCUAAGAGCUUAAUAAAUGUGUGCAUUGACGACAGCAUUAUAAAAAAAGGUGUUGAUCAGGUUGUGUUGAGUUCUAAUGACGGAAAAAGGAAAUCAGCUCCAACUAUUAUUGAGAAAGUGUGCGCAGUUGUUGAAAGUUUGUUUGAUUAUCAAUAUGCAGCAGUUUGGGAUAUUUCACUUGAAAUUGUUUCAACAAUGUUUGACAAACUAGGUCAAUAUUCUUCUUACUUCUUGAAAGGAGCCCUUAGAAAUUUGGCUGAGAUGCAAAAGCUACCCGAUGAAGAUUUCCCAUAUCGUAAACGGCUACAUGAAUGUGUGGGAUCAGCUGUUGGUGCUAUGGGACCUGAAACUUUUUUGAGCAUUGUUCCUCUUAAUUUGGACUCUGAGAAUUUAUCAGAGGCCAAUUUGUGGCUUUUUCCUAUCCUGAAACAUUACAUUGUUGGUGCUCAUUUACGCUUCUUUACCAAGAAAAUUAUGUCCAUUAUUGGAACUAUGAAGCAGAGGUCUGCCACGUUUGAGGAAGGAGGAAAGAUCAUCUCUGCGAGAACUACUGACGGAAUUGUACACUCUUUAUGGUCAUUGUUGCCAUCAUUUUGCAACUACCCUCUAGACACUGCUGACAGUUUCAAGGAUUUGGAGAAGGCACUACAUAGAGUAUUGCUUGAAGAGCCUGAUAUUCAUGGUAUAAUAUGCUCCAGUUUGCACAUUCUCAUUGAACAGAACAAGAACAUUGUAGAGGGAAAACAUGAUCCAUCUAAUGUGGGUAUGAACAUUCACAAGGAGCGAGCAAUUACACAUUACAACACACAAGUUGCAUCUGAUAAUUUGAGUGUUAUACGGGUCUCUGCUAGCAAAUUACUGCCGCUUCUUUCUGGUGCCUUCAUGAAUUCUUCAAAAGACACUGUUGGACCUUUGCAGACAGUUAUAGGUGAUCUUGCUUCUAUCUCAGAUAAAAAGGUAGUCACUGGGUUCUUCUCGAGUACCAUGCGAAAGCUCUUGAAGGUAACACAAGAGGCUAGUAAAAUAGAGUGCUCCAAAGAUUCUAACGCAAUGCAGGUGGAUAGUUCUUCUGGUAAAGUUUCAUUGCCACUAAUGAGGGCUCAGCUAUUUGAUCUGGCAGUUUCAUUGUUGCCUGGAUUAGAUUCCAAGGAAAUUGAUCUAUUGUUCAACGUAAUAGAGUCUGCAUUGAAGGAUGAUGAGGGAUUAGUCCAGAAAAGGGCAUAUAAAGUUCUUUCGAUCAUGCUUCAAAAAUCUGAUGAGUUUACCUCAAGGAAGCUUGAGGAGUUGCUAAAUGCUAUGGUCGGAGCACUGCCAGCAUGCCAUUUUUCAGCCAAGCGUCACAGACUUGACUGCUUAUAUUUCUUGAUUGUCCAUGUAUCCAAGGAUAACUUUGAACAGAGGAGACGUGAAGUUGUUGCUUCUUUUUUGACAGAAAUUCUACUUGCCCUCAAAGAGGCUAACAAAAGGACAAGGAAUAGGGCAUACGAUAUCCUCGUCCAGAUUGGCCAUGCUUGUGUGGAUGAAGAGAGAGGUGGGAAAAAGGAGCAUUUACAGCAGUUUUUUAUCAUGGUUGCUGGCGGCCUUGCUGGGGAGACACCACACAUGAUUAGCGCGGCAACAAAAGGUUUAGCUCGGUUGGCCUACGAAUUCACGGAUCUUGUUGUGGCUUCAUUCAAUGUCCUUCCAUCUGCAUUUCUCCUUCUUAGGAAAAAGAAUAAGGAAAUAAUUAAGGCUAAUUUAGGUCUCUUGAAGGUAUUAGUAGCCAAAUCACAAGCUGAAGGAUUGCACUCUCAUUUAAGAGGCAUGGUGGAAGGCCUAAUGAGCUGGCAAGACAGUACUAAAAGCCAUUUUAAAGCUAAGGUUAAGCUGCUACUUGAAAUGCUCAUCAAGAAGUGCGGCUUUGAUGCUGUUAAGGCAGUAAUGCCAGAGGAGCACAUGAAGCUUCUCACCAACAUAAGAAAGAUUAAGGACAGGAGAGAAAGGAAGUUCGAUGGGGGUUCUGAUGAAAGUAGAUCUCAUAUAUCAAAAGCAACCACCUCCAGGCUUAGUAGAUGGAAUCAUACAAAAGUGUUUUCGGAUUUUGGCGUUGAUAGUGAGGGAGAGUCUGCGGGUGUGAACAGUUUUUCUGGUCGACGAGGUCGGGCCACAUCAAUGCAGAGGUCAGAGGCAUGUUCAUCACGCUCAAAGAAAACACGUAGAGCAUCCAAGAGUUUGCAAGAGGAUUUGUUUGAUCAGGAAGAUGACGAGCCGCUUGACUUGCUGGAUCAACAGAAGACAAGGUUUGCUCUUAGAUCAUGUGGGACCCGCAAGCGGAAGCCAGAGUCCGAUGAUGAAGAGAUGGAGAUAGACGCAGAGGGUCAUCUCAUCAUCCGCGACGAAGAUUUCAAGCCAAAGAAGAAGAAGCCCUCACUCUCCGACACAGAGGCGGAGGCGGCGGAUGGUGGUGCGAGGAGUGAAGCGGGGUCCUCUAGGAAAACACAGAAGCGCAGAAAAACAACAGACUCUGGGUGGGCCUACACGGGAAGCGAGUACGCGAGCAAGAAGGCAGGUGGUGACACAUCACGCAAGGGGAAACUCGAGCCGUAUGCGUACUGGCCUCUUGACCGCAAGAUGAUUAGCCGCCGGCCUGAGCACCGGGCAUCUGCAAGGAAAGGUAUGUCAAGUGUGGUGAAGAUGACAAAGAGUUUGGAGGGGAAGAGUGUUGCAGCUGCACUCUCAAUCAAAGGCCCCAAAUUGGGCAAGAGGAAAGGGUCAAAGAGAAGAGCUAAAUGAGGUGAUUUAGUACUUUCUUUAUUUAUAUGCCUUCCUGCCAAGUAUAUUUAGGCAUUGGAGUGAUGGAGUCCUAGGAUGAGGACGUGCCCCACAGUUUGUCUUUUCCCCCCCCAUAUAAUAUGUGCUGUUGUGUCCUUUUUCUCAUGCGGAAAACAAUUGGUCCAUAUAUGGGGGCUUUAGAAUAACUUUAUAAAGAUUUUGGCGAGAUUCAAUUAGUGAUGUAAAAAAUGAUAUACUGCCAUUUUAUGGGGGCUUUAGAAUAACUUUAUAAAAAUUUU